AUGAGAGCAUGGGGAAAAUAUGUAUCUGAGAUCAGAGAGCCAAGAAAGAAUCAAGAAAUAUGGCUUGGAACAUACCCUACACCUGAAAUGGCUGCUAGGGCUCAUGAUGUAGCUGCUUUAGCCAUAAAGGGUCAUUCAGCUUAUCUCAACUUCCCUAACUUGGCUCAAAAUCUUCCAAGGCCUUCAACAACAUCACCUAAAGACAUUCAACUUGCAGCUGCAAAAGCAGCAGCUACUGUUUUUGUGGAAAUUAGGGAUUCUUGUCAAGUUGAAGAAAAUGGUCAAGAUCAAGUUUCAAGUUCAAUAGAGAAUGUUCAAGAUGGACUUCGGCUCGACGAACAAUUUUUAUCGACGUGGGAGUAUUACUAA